AUGGAAAGUCAAGAAUUUAUUGUCCUAUAUACUCAUCAAAAGAUGAAGAAGUCGAAAGUGUGGCAAGAUGGCGUUCUGAAGACCACUCACUUAGGCAACAAGGCAGUUCUAUAUGAUGACAAAGGAGCAUGUUUGGAAAGCCUAUUUCUUAAGAGCCUUGAGGUGAAACCUGGCGAUGACUUGGAAAGUGAGCGUUACUUAAUCACAGUUGAGGAGGCUAAGGCUGCUGGAAGUAGAGGUGCUAAACUGGAUGGCCCUAGAGAAGCUCUGGAGUCAGGUCCAGGGACAUUUACAUCCUCGAGCCGGUCUCUUGGCUGUCAGCCCUCUGGCUUAAAAAGGAAGGCUACUGGUUUUCAAAGACCAUAUAAGAUGCCAAAGAAAGUGACUGUUACAGAAAAUGGUGAAUCUGCUGCCUCAUUUGAUGAUUUGAAACCUGGCCCGACACUUCCUCUCCCGCUCUCUAGCACACUUCCUUUGUUUUCUACUGUUGGUGAGAAAGAUAUAAAUUAUACACUGGCAGUCAAUGAGAAUACCUUCAGGAACAGAGAGAGAAGCGACAGGCCUUUUUCCCUUGUGUCUUCAUCCUUUAGUAUUAACUCAGACAUACUAAGGAGAGAGGACAAGUUUUGCUCUCCUGUCACCUCUACAACCCAGCAUUCAGAUGGUUUACUGUGCAGUGAGCCCACAAGAAGUAAUAGUUUGGAAUCUCACUGUCCUGGAGUUUCACAGAACCUCAGGAGCAAAGCACAAAUAUUAGCUCUUCUGAAGUCCAAAUCAGCCAACAUGAGUAAGAAUGUGACUUGUGAGAUUAUAGCACCUUUUCCUAAGAUACAACCACAGGGGUGCUCCAAGACCAUGUCUAAGCUAGAGGAAGAGUAUGCUGAGAGAAGAGCUACAAGCCGGUGGACCGUGUAUUUGCCCUCCCAGAGGUCGCCUCCCUCUUCUCCUAGAGAGAAUGGUACAGAGGACAAACCUGAAGCCCAAGGAGAUGUGAACAUUUUUAAUUUGUCUGAACUUUUGGUGGAAAAAAAGGCAGAGCUCUUUGAAGCAUGUGCCGAAAAGGGAGAACUGUGCAAUGAAGACAAGCCAGUAGACAAUAAUUGCCAGAACUGGAAUCACGAAGAAAACUUCGGAGCGCCUCUGUUUUGUGAGAACAACAACUUACUGGUUAACUGUAGUAGUAAAGAAAAUGUUGAUUUAUUAUUAGAACCUGACAUUCAGAACAAUAACAAAGUAACUUCUCACCAAAAUGACAAGGAGUGUAUGGAAGCCUUGCUUUGCACUAGAGAAAGUAUUCUGGUGGCAGAUGCAGAUGCCACACUGGAACAAGAAUGUAUGUCCUGUUCAUCAGUGUCACCGUUGCCAGAAGUAGAAUAUAAACACACUGAAGUCGAGUCUUCUCUAAGUAAGAACUCCAGCAUCUCUGACAUUGCAGACGUGGGUUCUAAAAGUGGUGCUGAGAGAGGAAGCCUGGAUACUGUUCGUACAUCUUCACAGCCAUUUAUGGAAGUUUCUUUUAAUCUGAGCAAUUUUGAGGACAGUGACACUGAUGAAGCAUCACAAGAGGACGACAAACUUUCCCAGGACUCAGAGAGUAGAGGAAAGGAAAUCUUGCCUACAGAUGAUUCAUGUGUUCUAAAGAGCUGUGGGAGUAUAGGCUGCCAAGAAACUGCACGGCAACCCUUGCCGUUCCCAUCCUCAGCCAGUGGCAAGCCUAAAGACGUCCUUCCUGCUAACGAGACGCUGCUGUCAGAGUUUUGUGAUAGAACCUGUGUUGGUUUUUACACAGGACCUCAUGAAGAUGCAAACCCUAGAGAAGCAGUGCCAGAGCAGGGUGGUGACAGGGGGAGCAGUCUGGACUCAUCGCAGGAAUGGAAUGAGGAUGUGCCAGGAGACAGCAAAGACGAUGCUAGUAAAUGUAUCCAAAGAGAUGGGACUAAUUAUGGUAUUGGUUCACCCUCAAAUACACCCAAAGGUAUAAAUACAUGUUCACAUAUUCCUUAUUUUUUAAACACACUCAGUACUCCGGCUCCUGAAAACAGUGACCUGCUCUCAGAAGCCAGGAACUUACCUGCCACAGUAGUUUCCCAUAUGCUAGACCGUCCUCUUGAGCAGUGGACUUCUCAGCAGCCUGUUGAGUUUCAAGGCCAUCAGGUGAAAGGCUCAGCUACUAGUGGUGUAAUGGUGAGAGGACACAGCACACAGCUAGAAUCCAGUCAGCUUCCAGAUAGCGUUGACUAUGGAAACUUCAUGGCAUGUGCUCCAGUCUGGACACCAGAGCUGCCUAGCGCUUGUGUGCAGACUGACUUCCUGCAGGUGAUUUCACCAGGACAAAAGAUCUCUGCAUCGAGCUCUGCACCUACUUUUUCUGUCAACACGAGAAAUGAAGACUCUGUGCUUGAGUUCUCUGAGGAAUCUCUGAGAGCAAGGACUUUCCCUGGAUUGAAAAACAUUGGUUUUUUGGAAAGUAAGAACCUUCAAAGAUUUCCAUGUGCAACCAGGGCCUCAGUUCCCUUCAUUACUUUGCCUCCCGAUGAUGGGCCAGCAGUCUUAGAUUCCUGUUCAUUUAUGGCUGAUGACGACACACGAGAGUCCUCUAGUUCUUCUGUGUUGAACCUGUGUGAAGAAUCAGUUCUUUCAUUUGACCUUGGGCCUGAGGACCAGGGUGAGACUUCUCGCUGGAAAGGAACUCCAGGAGAUGCUUCACUGCUUCAUAAGAAUUCUGUGCAAAGCAAGUGGCUGAAAUAUCAAAACACAUCCCAGUGCAGCUCAGCUGCUCUAAGCAGAAUUGAUGGUGAAGUGGCAGAGGACAGCUUUGCUGAGGUUUGCUCUGGGCUGCAUUCUAGCCACACAAGUGAGCAGCAGAGGAAUGCUGCAAAGGAAAGCUCUGUAGACCCUGUGCACUUGCAGAGGAUGAAAGGAAUGCUCUAUCAACAGCAACAGGACUUUAGCAGUCAAGAGUGGGCUUCCAGAAAGAAAGCCUUUUCUCUGAACUCAAAGCAGAUUUCCGAGACAGAGAAAAUUCAAGCUAUGUUAGGAAGCCCCGCCAGCUACAACUCCAGAGUCAAAGAUUUACAGGAGAUAAAUGGUUCUGAGCUGUGCUUUCCAAAUGGGCAGAAAAUAAUAUCAGCUUAUCUCCCUCAAAGGCAAGUUUACGUACCAGCUGUUUUCCAGUCUCCCAUUCACUAUAAGCAGAUCUUUACAUCUUCUAUCAUAGAACAUCUGAAUAUAUUGCUAUUCGGUUUGGCGCAAAGGCUAUACAAAGCACUUUCCAAAGUUGACAUAUCCUUAUAUACAUCCUCAAAAGGAGAGACACUAAAAAGCGGAAAAAAUAAUUUACCAUCCUGCCAUCAUAAUCAACCUGCCAAACUUGUCAUGGUUAAAAAAGAAGGCCCAAAUAAGGGUCGUCUCUUUUAUACAUGUGAUAGGCCCAAAGGUAAUCAAUGUAAAUUUUUCAAAUGGCUUGAGGAAGCAACUCCAGGACAGUUAUCACAGGAUGAGUCUCAGCCCAACGUGGUUUUUAAUGAUGUUAAGAGUAUUGGCUCAUAUUUAAGAAGUCAUAAGGUACCGGUCUAUGAGGAAUGCCAGCUUUUGUUGAGGAAAGGAUUUGAUCUUCAGAGGAAACAGUACGGUAAACUAAAGACAUUUGCAACUGUGAACCCUGAAUUUUGCAGUAAAACAAAAACUAGGAUUUAUCUUAAGCUGAGCCGGAAGGAGAGCUCUUCAGUUUAUAGUAAAGGUGAUCUUUGGGUGAUUUCAAAAACCCUAGACUUCCAACUAGAUACCUUCAUUGCAUGCAGUGCCUUCUAUGGGCCAUCUUCUGUCAAUGAAGUGGAGCUGCUGCCUUUGAAAGGCUAUUUCCCUUCUAACUGGCCCAUGAACAUAACAGUCCAUGCAUUAUUGGUUUGUAAUGCCAGCACAGAGCUGACGACACUGCAGAACAUUCAGGACUACUUUAACCCAGCAACUCUUCCUGUAAUGCCAUACCUCUUAGCAAUGUCUCGGCCAGCUACAGUUAGCAAUAAAAAUGUCAGUAAAAGAAAAUUUAUCCCACCAGCCGUUGCAAAUAUUAAAACAAAACUUGAACUCCUGAACCUGGGAGCGACCCUGCAGUUAGCUAGUGAGUUGAUUCAUAUACACAGGUUGAACAAGGAUCAAGCUACAGCACUAAUUCAGAUAGCUCAAAUGAUGGCUGCUCAAGAAAGUGGUGAAGACGCAUUGGAGCCCUGCACCCCUCCCCUGCCUAUCACCAUCAUUCAUGGUGUUUUUGGAGCAGGCAAAAGCUAUUUGCUGGCUGUGGUGAUUUUGUUCUUUAUACAACUGUUUGAAAAGUGUGGUGCUGGAACAGUUGGAAACGCAAGGCCUUGGAAGCUUCUCAUUUCUUCUUCCACUAAUGUAGCUGUUGAUAGAGUGCUUCUUGGGCUUCUCAGUCUUGGAUUUGAAAAGUUCAUCAGAGUUGGCAGUGUUAGGAAGAUUGCCAAGCCAAUCUUACCAUACAGCUUGCAUGCUGGCUCAGAAAAUGAAAAUGAACAAUUGAAAGAACUUCAUGCAUUGAUGAAGGAAGAACUGACUGCUGUAGAAAGGGUUUAUGUGAGAAAAAGUAUUGAGCAGCAUAAACUGGGGACCAACAGAACUCUGCUGAAGCAGGUUCGAGUUGUUGGCAUUACCUGUGCAGCCUGCCCAUUCCCAUGCAUGAAUGACCUUAAAUUCCCUGUGGUUGUGCUGGAUGAGUGCAGCCAGAUGACAGAACCAGCCUCACUCCUUCCUAUUGCAAGGUUUGAAUGUGAAAAGUUAAUUCUUGUUGGAGACCCCAAACAGCUGCCUCCUACAAUUCAGGGUUCUGAUGCAGCUCAUGAAAAUGGAUUGGAACAAACUCUUUUUGAUCGACUAUGCUUAAUGGGUCACAAACCCAUUCUGCUGAGAACCCAGUACCGCUGUCACCCUGUGAUCAGUGCCAUAGCUAAUGACCUGUUUUAUGAAGGAAACCUCGUGAAUGGCGUUUCAGAGACAGAGAGGAGCCCUGUACUGGAGUGGCUGCCCACGCUAUGUUUCUAUAAUGUUACCGGAGCAGAGCAGGUUGAAAGAGAAAACAGCUUUCAAAAUGUGGCAGAAGCUGCUUUUACACUCAAGUUAAUCCAAUCACUGAUUGCAAGUGGAAUAGCAGGCUCCAUGAUUGGGGUGAUAACAUUAUACAAAUCACAAAUGUACAAGAUUUGCCAUUUACUGAGUGCUGUGGACGCUGGCCAUCCCGAUGUUAAGGCUGUGCAGGUGUCCACAGUGGACGCCUUUCAGGGCGCUGAGAAGGAGAUCAUUGUUCUGUCCUGUGUGAGGACGAGACAAGUCGGGUUCAUCGACUCAGAAAAGCGAAUGAAUGUGGCAUUGACCAGAGGACGAAGGCAUUUGUUGAUUGUGGGAAGCUUAUCCUGUUUGAGGAAAAAUCGCCUAUGGGGGCGUGUGAUCCAACAUUGUGAAGGAAGGGAAGAUGGAUUGCAACAUGCAAGCCAGUGUGAGCCACAGCUGGACCGUCUUCUUAAAGAUUAUUUUGAAAAACAAGCAGAAGAAAAACAGAAGAAAAAAGAAAAAGAAAAAUCUAAGGAUAAAUCUUAUUAA